CCAACAGACUCAGUAUUCUUAAAAGCAAAAGACACCUGAGAGAGAGAGAGGGAGAAUGACACCAACCAGAGAAGUCUUUCUCCGGGAGAAUCAAUCUCCCCGUUGCUGAGGCGUCGGCUCGAAAGGAAGAGGAGGGAGUUUUGGGCCGCUAAGGCUGCCGUAGAGGGGCGUGGCGACGGAGCCGCGAUUUGAUUCACGGAGUUCACGUGCCGGCCGCCGCGAGUAGAUCUACCAUGGCUCAGCCGGGGACUCUAAACCUCAAUAACGAGGAUCUUACACUGGAGUUACAAUCACUGAUUCGAUGAAGGGGAAGAAGGCAUUCCAGGCAGAAGGACUGGUAAUAAGGUUGUGAAGAUGAGAAAAGAAGUGAAGAGAAUCCGAGUGUUGGUUAUCCGAAAACUUGUCAGGAGUGUUGGCAGACUGAAGUCAAAAAAAGGUACUGAAGAUGCACUGUUAAAAAACCAGAGACGAGCACAACGAUUGCUUGAAGAAAUUCAUGCUAUGAAGGAAUUAAAACCUGAUAUAGUAACUAAAUCUGCUCUUGGUGAUGAUAUCAACUUUGAAAAAGUCUGCAAAAAGCCUGAUUCUACUGCAACUGAAAGAGCAGUUGCCAGACUAGCUAUGCAUCCUCUUCUGAAGAAAAAAAUAGAUGUGCUAAAAGCUGCUGUCAAAGCCUUUAAAGAUGCAAGACAAAAUGUUGUUGAAGUUAAAUCAUCAGAGAAUGCUUCAGAAGAAAAUCAUUCCAAGGACACUUUGUGUUCAAAUGAUGAUGCCAGUAAGUUACAGCAUGAAGGAACUAUUAUCAGUGAACAGAAAGAAAAAGAAGCCAAAAUAUUGGCAAAGAAACCAGUAAAUUCAAAAGAAAAAAGAACCAAGAUGGAACAGGGACCCAAUGCUAUAGACAUUCCAAAUACUCCAUCAAAGCCUUCUGAAAGGGCUGGUAUAGUUCCUUCUGAUCCCCGGAAGACACCUGCUGACCCAAAAAUGAAAACCUUAAGUAAAACAAAAAAAGGAAAGGAGUCCAAUAGCUUACUUGGUGGAAACAGUGAUGGAGAAGAAUUACAAGAAGAAGAAAAAGAGUAUUUUGAUGAUAGCACAGAAGAAAGGUUUUACAAACAAUCUUCCAUGUCUGAGGAUAGUGACAGUGGUGAUGACUUCUUCAUUGGGAAAGUCAGGCGGACACGAAAGAAGGAAAGUAAUUGCCAUUUUUCAGUUAAGGAACAAACCCCCCCCAAAAAAGUGUUGUUACCGGAGGAAGAUAAACAUGAAACUCAUCAGAGUAUAAGAAAUGACAUAACCAAGCCAAGCGUGGAAUUAAGGAAGUUUGAGUCUGUAUUUUUCCAUUCUUUAUCUGGAUCUAAAGGCUCUAGAAGAAAUUCCAGAGAACAGGCUCCAAAAAGCAAAACCCCAGGUUUUCAGCAAAAUGAACCUCAACUCAAGAAUCUGUUUAAUAGGAGCGCACAAAGAGGAUUUGAAAGUUCAAAACAGCAAUCACAGCUGCCUCUUCAUCCUUCAUGGGAAGCAAGCAGGAGGAGAAAAGAACAGCAAUCUAAAAUUGCUGUGUUUCAGGGGAAAAAAAUUAUAUUUGAUGAUUGAUUAGUACCUCUGUUUGUGAACCAGCCCAUUAUUAAAGUUCUGUUUACAUAAGCCUACCACACAUCAUGUACAUACUUAAAUUGAUUUUUAAUAAUAUACUCACAUUAUUCCUUCUGAAAGAAUUUCAAGAUUAUAGCUUUCUCAGACUUUUUCAUUUGUGCUUAUUCAUGAAAAGUAUUUUGCAGGUUUAGCUCUGUGUCUUGCCUUGAAAAUAAAUUUUGAGAAGAUAUAUUUAAAAUAAUAAUGGAAAAUAUGAGGAAAUUGUAGUUAUUUAAAAGAGAUCAUCUUUGCUAAAAGUUGUCCUUAACAAAACUAAGAUAGUAACUUUUAUUAUGGGUAUAAAGAUAAUAAAUUAUACAAAUAUUUUUAUUAUACUUGUAAUUAUUUGUGAUCUACUUUUUGACUGUUUUAAAAUAGUUUCUAGGGCAGUUUUUUAUUUCUGAAUCUCAGUUUUUUUAGGUAGCAUAUGUGUUUAAAUGUAGUAACACAACCAAAAAUUUGUUUUAUAUCUCACUGCAUAGAAAUAUUUGUUUAAAUCAAGAAUGUAUAUAAUAUGUAGUUGCUUGACCAUGAACUUUAAUGUAAACAUAUUUUGUGGAAUCAUGGAUUAGAAUUCAUAAGGACAAACUCUAAAGGAGGUAUGAUUAAAGAAGCAUUUCCAGAUAA